AUGCGCCCCGUUCCCCGUCCGUCGUGGCAAGUCAAUUAUCCCCGCAUCAUUCCGGACAGCAUCCCUCAAGUCAAUCAAGCAAUGCUUAAGGGCCAACCCCUUUCAGCCGCCAUUCAGGACAUGCAAGAAACCGGCUUUCAACACUGGGGGUUCGUGAUUUACCGCUGCGCGUACGCCAACAACGCUCAAUGGGAGAGUUACCUCGAGUUUCUCAAAGCAACGAUGCAAGAUGAGCUAGAAUUCGAUGGACUUUACACUCUACUCUGGAAGUAUCUUGAUUGGACUGUCAUUGAGGAUCCAGACAAACUUGAUGGAGCCUCUAAGCAAGACAUAAGAGAGCGAUUUUCCGAGUGGUCUGCUGGGCGGAGCGUGGAGAGGGAUGGGUCAGGCGUUGACGCUCCGACAGUAGAAGAUGCUCCUCGAUUUCACUAUUGCAUUUAUAUUGAUCAGAAGUGUCUUGAUACUGUUGAUGAAUAUCAAUCUUGGGCGGAAGCAGGGGGUAAGGACCGCCUUAAAGUCGUUGUUUGUGCUAUAUUAGACAAAGAUUGCAAACCAAAGGGCCGAGGUCGAGGAGGGUUCCCUUCUGUCGAGGGCUGUACUAGGGAAGACACUGGCUGGAUGUAUACAGAUGUCGCGAGUAUUACCAGCAUUUAUAACAGGCUAUCGUACCAGGAACUAGCCGAUAACGAUUACAGCCGACCACCAGCGAUCUGGCCAACCAUCGAUGUAAUGCCGGCCGAACCAUAA